CCAUAAACAUCUACCGUUCCUCGGUCGCAUCUACAGCCCGGGCACUCCAUCAGACCACAGAUGGGUCUUGCCGGUGCGCGGCAGAACACGCGCAUCAACAAGGAUCCGCGCAAUACCAACUGGAUCAAUAACGAGAAAGGCAUCGGCUUCAAACUCUUAUCCUCGCAAGGAUGGCAGCCUGGCCAGGGUCUCGGUACUGAGCUGACGGGUCGAACGGUGAAUAUCAAGACAACCUAUAAAGAUGAUACGGCUGGUAUUGGUUGUACGCCUGUGCAUGCGCAGGAAUGGGAUGGGCUGUAUGCCUUUGAUGCGCUCUUUUCAAAACUCAACAGCGCAGAAGUUUCCGGUGCGGUGACACCUGCUGAACCAGUUUCUGGUAAAGAAGAGCGUGUCAUCUUUAUGAAUACAAAAGGAGCAAGGGUCGGCUUGGAUGUACGGUUUGUCAAGGGGGAGACUUUCACGUCUGAGCUGUCCAAGGCCAAAUUCUACCAGAGCCUUGGACUGGAAGCGCCAAGUACUGUUGUGAAUGAAACAGGAGAUGCGAAGCUCGACGAGAAGGCUCUCAAGGUUGCUGCAAGAGCUGCCAAAGCGAAACGGAAAGCGGAAAGGCAGGCGAAGCGGGAAGCAAAGCGAUUAGCGAAAGACACCUCAGAUAAGACUGGCAAAAGGUCCUCCAAGAAGGACAAGAAGCGGCGGAGAGAAGCAUCCAUGAGCAGUGUCAGCAGCGACGAGGAUGCAGCUGUGGCUCCUGUGGUUGCACCUGUUGCGCAUGGUCGAUUUGCGCAUCGAGCCAAGUUCCAGCGGGCCAAGAUGGGUGGUCGUUUGAAUGCUGCUCAGCUGGCGGAGGUGCUCGGGGUGAAGGCCUCGUGAGCCAUGUCGCCCUUGCUACCUAGAUCUGUCUUGCAGCGCCCGGCGUCUCUUUCUCUUUCUCUUUCUAGUAAAGUCAUCCAACUCGACCCCUGAAGUACAACCACACACAGCGAAACAUCAGCCCACAAUGUCCCUCGUGUCCAGCGGAGAAAGGGAGACACAGCAUGACAUUGAAGAUGAGUGAGCUGCACCCAGUCACCCGCCUCGAAUCGCAGAGUCAUCUAACACACUUCCGUCAGGUAUGUCAACUUUGAGCGCGCCAUGAGCGAUGCUCGAUUACGUGCAGCAGAUGCCCGUAAAGCUGCGCGCGAUGAAGCCAUCACGGCACAUGCACAGGCGUUGAGUACGCUCGAGGAGGAUUACAAGGCAAGCAUCCAAUCUCUGCUUCAAGACUU